GGGCUGCUCCUUUUCGCGCACUUUAGAAUUUCCACAUUUCCGACAGUACGCGAACGCAGCUCAUCUCCUGAGUGGUUAGCAACAUGGAAAGAAAAGUACUCGCAAUGCAGGCAAGGAAGAAGAGGACGAAGCCCAGGAAACCUGGCAAAAAACCAGAGCCUCAUGGUCGUGGAGGCGGCUCUCAGCCGGGCCAGGCAGACUCUCCGCUCCCAGAGCAGGAUGAGGAGAUCCUGGGCUCUGAUGAUGACGAGCAGGAGGACCCCAACGACUACUGCAGGGGUGGAUAUCACCAUGUAAAGAUUGGAGAUCUGUUCCACGGGAGAUACCAUGUGAUCCGUAAGCUGGGCUGGGGGCACUUCUCCACUGUGUGGCUGGCCUGGGACAUCCAGGAGAAGCGCUUUGUGGCCAUGAAGGUUGUGAAAAGUGCUGAACAUUACACAGAGACAGCACUGGAUGAGAUCAAACUGCUCAAAUCUGUGAGAAACACAGAUCCUAGUGACCCUAACCGAGAGAGAGUUGUGCAGCUUCUAGACGACUUCAAAAUUUCUGGCAUGAAUGGCACUCAUGUGUGCAUGGUAUUUGAGGUGCUGGGUUAUCACCUGUUGAAGUGGAUCAUCAAAUCGAAUUAUCAAGGCCUGCCCCUACCCUGUGUUAAAAGCAUCAUCCGACAGGUUCUGCAGGGUUUAGACUACCUCCACACCAAAUGUAAGAUCAUCCACACAGACAUCAAACCAGAGAACAUUCUGCUGACCGUCAACGAGUGCUACAUCAAGAAAAUGGCUGCUGAAGCUACGCAGUGGCAGAAGACUGGCGCUGCUCCUCCCUCGGGUUCUGCAGUGAGUACGGCCCCAGCAGCCAAACCAAUGGCCAAAAUGUCAAAGAACAAAAAGAAGAAGAUGAAGAAGAAGCAGAAGAAGCAGGCAGAGAUGCUGGAGAAGAGGAUCCAGGAGAUGGAGGGAGGAGCAACACCUGAAGGAGGAGAGGAGGAGGAGGAUGAGGAGACAACAACAGAGACCACCGAAGACACGACUUCCUCAACUACCCUGUCUAUGUCUGCCACACUGCAAGACAUUGCUAGCCAUACUAUCACAGACUUGACUCCCGAUGAGCAGCCCCAGCAGAUACUUGAGACAAACGAGGGGAGAGACAAUGCAGCCGAGCAGGAGAACAGGAUGGAGGUGAACUGCAAUGGCCACGCUUCCACACCAGAGAGUGAGGCCAGUCCAGAGGUACAAGGGACCAAGCAGUCGACAGAAGAGCAGGAGGACCAACAGAACGCAAACCAACCAGAAACUAACACAGAGACCCAGGACACAUUAAGUAACAAAGAGGAGCAUCAGACCUGUAACGGUUCAAAUGGAGAACCCGACACUGAUGUGCAGCAGCUCCCUGCCUCCCUGAGCCCAGACUCUGUUACUGUAGAGCUGAAGGAGGGAGACAACGAGGAGAAGAGGGAGGAGGAGAUGGACACUCAAGGGGAGACCAAAAGAGGGGAUGACGAUCAAGGCAGCCAGGAUGGAGCAUCAGGCAAUAUGUUAGUAAACCCCCUGGAGCCUAUUAACGCUGACAAGCUGCAGGUUAAAAUUGCUGAUCUCGGCAACGCCUGCUGGGUGCACAAACAUUUCACAGAUGACAUCCAGACGCGGCAGUAUCGUUCUCUUGAGGUGCUGACAGGAGCCGGCUACAGUACACCAGCAGACAUCUGGAGCACUGCCUGCAUGGCCUUCGAGCUCGCCACUGGAGACUAUCUGUUUGAACCCCACUCUGGAGAAGACUACUCCAGAGAUGAAGAUCACAUAGCGCUGAUCAUCGAGCUGCUAGGUAAAGUUCCUCGGAAGCUGAUCUUGGCAGGCAAAUACUCCAAGGAGUUUUUCACCAAGAAAGGCGACCUGCGCCACAUCACCAAGCUGAAGCCAUGGGGUUUGUUUGACGUGUUGGUAGAAAAGUACGAGUGGUCCAAAGAGGAGGCCCACUGCUUCAGCUCCUUCCUGCUGCCCAUGCUGGACCUGGUGCCUGAAAGGAGGGCCACCGCAGCCCAGUGCCUCUCCCAUCCAUGGCUCAUAUCCUAAAGGCCAACUGUGCACACCACUCUCACCCCCACCCUCUUAUUGUGAAAGGAUAAAUUAGGUUUUGGAGAUCCUGGGCUUGGAAACAAAGUAAACAAACACGUUCAUGUCCACGAGACCCUGUGACUACAUCGUGCCUGCAUCCUCUCAUCAUGGCUCUCAGAGGCUACCCACACACUCUCAUGAAUUCAAUAGACUGCUGCCUGGUUUUUGUCCUGCUUUGGACUACGCUGGUGAUAGAAUACACUCAUGGUCUUCUUCCUAUAUUUAUGGCUCUUCUGUUUGUUUUUUUACUGGCUGUAUAGGACUUAUCAACCUUGCUCUCUUUUUUCCGGACUCUAGCUCUGUCUCUGCAGCACAUUAUUCUCUGUAUUUUUAGCUUUGGAUAAUCAACUGUCCGAUCUGAAAGGAGGUUGCACUUGUCUACAAAUGCAGAAAGCAGGAAGUAACGUAAAGACUGCCAUCAAAACCACACACUGUUAUCAUUAAGGAUAUUAACAAACCAAACCUGUGUCUGUUUGCCAGUCACCAUGUUAGCCGUGCCAGCUUUUAUGCCUUUGGCUGUCAAAAUGUGUGCAAAGUGCUCAGAAUUAAUCAGUGCGUAAUGCUAACAGCCGUUAUGAGAGAAUAGAAAUGUUCUUAGCACUGUUGAGUUAGCUUUAUCCUAACAACACUUUUGUACAUUUGUAUACAGGCAGAACUACAUGAUUAGAAAGCAGACGUUUCACUGGCUCAUCAGAAAUCAAGCUCUAUUUUUUAAGUAAAACCAAACUGUGUAAUAUCAGAUUUUUCAAGUGUAAUAGUUUCAGUGCUAUCUCAUGUCUUAAAAAGCACUUGUAUGCACAAAACAAUGUGAAAAACAGUUUUUUUCCUACGUCAUGCACGAGAGGAUAACUUCAUGCUGUUUCAUACUGGGAUCACUUUUUGCCUGUUCAGAAAGGCUUCAUAUAACAUUUACCACAUUAACAGUAAAACUCUGUGGAUCGACACCCAGGGUGCAGUGCACCAAAUAGUUGGCCUUCAUUCCCCCCCCUCUCUGCAGCAAAAGCUUUGCACAGCUCCUGACUGUCAGCAAUGUAAAGUGAAGGCACAAGCUGAGAGGUUUGAGCUGUUUUGUUUUUUUUAAUACGUUUUAGAAAUGCCUCGAAGAAUGUUGGUGGUAAUUAAACUAAAGCUUUGUUUCAAGAGUUCCCACUGCACAUGGAGGUGUUGGAUUUGAAAAUAAUAGAUUGUACUAAAAAGCAGAUGCUGUAAUAAUGCUUUGAACCCCCUCAAAACCAUUUUGUUUUUCUACAAAGUCUCCUCUCUCUCUGUUCAUGUCUCCACUCUUCAUUUGAUUGUUCAUUUUUUUUCUGUAGGUAAUAAAAAUAAAC